GGCCGUUUCAGCGGGAGUGUUGGGAACGAGGCUCCGGGCAGGGGCCGUUUCAGCGGGAGUGUUGGGAACGAGGCUCCGGGCAGGGGCCGUUUCAGCGGUAGUGUUGGGAACGAGGCUCCGGGAAGGGGCCGUUUCAGCGGGAGUGUUGGGAACGAGGCUCCCGGGCAGGGGCCGUUGCUCCGGGAAGGGGCCGUUUCAGCGGUAGUGUUGGGAACGAGGCUCCGGGAAGGGGCCGUUUCCUGGGUGCGUGAAAGCGUCACACAGCGCAGCGUUGAAGUGGUCAGCUGGCGAUGUGACGGCGAGUUGGAGAAGAUAAGUUCAGAGCAGGUUGGUUGGCGGGCGUUGUCAGAGGAGGAGGACAAUCCAAACGAGAGAAUUUAAGUAUAUUAUAAAGACACACAGCUAACUGGAAUACCUGUGUUGAUAUAAUUUGGGAUAUAGGGCAGUGCGAGCGGACGAGGGCAGCCCGGUGUUUGCUGCUGUGGCGGUCCUGCUAGAGAAAGAUGAACAAAAACCACCGAGUGCCGAGCAACCGAACUCUGGGCGCCGUGGAGGUGAAGAGCAAGUUUGGGGCUGAGUUCCGCCGGUUCUCCCUGGACCGGUCUAAACCGGGCCGGUUUGAUGAGUUCUAUAGGCUCCUACAGCACAUGCACCGGAUCCCAAACGUGGACCUGCUGGUGGGCUACGCCGACGUCCACGGUGACCUGCUGCCAAUCAACAACGAUGACAACUACCGCAAAGCCAUCUCCGUGGCUGACCCCGUGCUACGCCUCUUCCUGCAGAGGAAAGAGGAAGCCGACUACUCUGCGUUUGGUCUGGACUCUCUGGCCCGUCCCAAGAAGACGGUCCUAGCGGCCAUGUUGCUACGGCCUGAUGCCAACCGGAAGAAGCCCCUUGUGAUCAUCAGCCUGCCCAGGGACUUCAGGCCCGUCUCGUCCAUCAUCGAUGUGGAUAUCCUCCCUGAGACACACCGCCGGGUUCGCCUCUACAAGCACGGCCAGGAGAAACCGCUGGGCUUCUACAUCCGAGACGGCUCGAGCGUCCGAGUCACGCCCCAGGGCCUGGAGAAGGUUCCUGGGAUCUUCAUCUCCCGCAUGGUGCCUGGGGGCCUGGCUGAGAGCACUGGCCUGCUGGCUGUCAACGACGAGGUUCUGGAGGUCAACGGCAUCGAGGUGCAAGGCAAGUCCCUGGACCAGGUGACAGACAUGAUGAUCGCCAACAGCCACAAUCUCAUUGUGACGGUGAAGCCGGCCAACCAGCGCAACAACAUCGUACGGAGUGGUGGGGGCGGGGCAGCGUCCGGGAGCUCAGGGCACUCGUCCGACAGCGGCACCAGUUUCUACGGCUACUCCUCCCCGGGCACUGCCGUGGCGACGACUCCGGCACACAUCAUCCAGAACUUCCACCCAGAGGAGCUGGAGAGUGAUGAGGAUGAUGAGGACCUGGUGAUAGAGGUGGAUGGAGAGGCUGUGCCCAUCCCACGGACCUCCUCGGCCAGCUGUACCAUACCCUUCAUUCCCCGCUACGUGCCCCACCUGGACCUCCGCACCACCAACGGAGCCCUGGCCUCCCACAACCGCUCCGGCUCACUGGGCACGCUCAGCACUGCCGACAGGGGCCUGGAGGGAAGGAGCUUAGAGGAGGAAGGCACCGUCAUUACACUGUAAACACAUACUGUCGUAGUUGCACAGUAUUUAUGGGAACGCAAACACAUAGUCUUAUAUACACUGAAGCGCACCCUCAUGCAUACACAAAGAAGGACAACAUCCACAGAUGCGUGCCAUAGUGUCGACUCCGCCCUCCCUAUGCUGUCUGACAGGUACAGUGAUUACCCGUGGUGUUUUGUGUGGAGGAGGAAAGUGACUGUGCCUUGGAGAAAGGCCUCCAACUUCUCAUUGACAACCAUAAAAAGCACUCGUUUCUAAUUCUGUAGGGGGAGACUGUUUCUAUGGUCUUCCACUUGAGGGCAGCAAUGAGAUGCUACACUGUUGUUUUUUUUCAAUUUUGUGAACCAUAGGAAAGGACUGAUUUUUAAUGAACGAAUGGAAUGAAUGAAUGAAUGAAUGAAUGAAUGAAGGAUUGCAGAUAUCUUUAGGCUCUGACCUUUCCCUAGCUCUUCUACUCUGGUUUGUUUGAUAGAGGAGACUACAUUUCACAAUCUGCUUUUGCCUUGUCGCUUUGCAAACGACAGCAACCACUCCCCUAGGCGAUUACAGCUUGUGAUUAGGGAACAAAAUGAAUGUCUUCUAUCCUACAUGUCACCAUACCAACUAACAAAGAGUAGAGGUCUGUAAUAAUACUCCGAUUUUAGUCUGAGGAGAAACAAUAUAUAUGGGUCUCUCUUCAUGGACCCGGACGUUAACCAAUAUUCCUGUGUUUUCUCUCCAAGCUUUUAAUGUUGAUAAUCACAAGAAAAACACUAGAAGCAAUUAUGCGAAGCAACUGAAAUUACAAAAUCUCUUAAAGGGGCAAUCUGUAAUGGCUACAUCCAUUUUUAGACUUUUAAAUGUAUUUAUAUAUAUAUAUAAGCCUUGUGAGCUUAGUUCUAUUGUCGAACCCCAUCAGAAUCCAAAAUAUAAGCUUGUUUUACCCUUUUUGUUUGUAGACUAGGUAAAUACAAACAAACACUGUAUAUCCUCAACAUGGUUAGAACUAUAAUUUUGUUAUCAUGGCUUGUCAUUCCUUGUAUCUGUAGAUCUGUCCAUGGGUUUGAGAGUGGUUUCAUUUCUCUAAACCCCAUCCUUCAGCCUUCUACCAAAAUAGUGGCGGGGAGUCAGUUUUGUUGUUUGAACCGCAGAUUGCCGCUUUAAAUAUUUUUCAUGCUAUUUCUUUUACUGUUUUAUUUCAAUCUAAAAUGGUUUACUGUAUGAUUUUUAUUUUGUUGAAAAUAAGUAUCUGAAUUCACCGUAACGGACCAACACCUCAUCUGACAGGUGUGCUGUCAUUGCCUGGAUGAAGAUCUAUCUUGUUUUUCAUCCAACUUCUCUUGCCUCACCCCACUUCGUGGACAUAGUGUGACAGAAUGUGAUUGUAAAUGCGAUUCUCUGAUUUCUCAGACCAUGACGCUUCACUCAUCUCAGCAUGUUCUCUGUCUCGCUGUCUCUCAUCUGUCUGUCCCUCUGUCUCUCAUCUGUCUGUCCCUCUGUCUCUCAUCUGUCUGUCUGUCUCUAUCGCUCAUCUGUCUCUGUCUGUCUCUAUCGCUCAUCUGUCUGUCUCUGUCUGUCUGUCUCUAUCGCUCAUCUCUCUGUCUCUGUCUGUCUCUAUCGCUCAUCUGUCUGUCUGGUUUGGGAGGAUGUAUUUGUAACAGAUGACGUCUUUCUUAGUUUUACAACUCUGAGUUCACUUGGAUGUGGCCUGAAUCAUUCACGUUUGAAGAGUGUCCUCACUUCAUGUCCAGUAUUUAUUCACUAUUUCAUUCACUAUAUCAUAUUUUUUGGAGUACCCCUGAAUCGAUCUUCAACAGAAUGUCAUACUGGUAUAGAUGAAGAGUUGGACCGUGACACUGAGUACUACACAGAUGUUAUGUAACUUAGAGAUAGGACACUAAUGAACCCAGCGAGGAUGGAUGGGACUGUUAUAAAACCCAGUCUGCAGGAAGAAGUUGGAUUGUUUUGUCUUGCCAACGCUCUCACACUUACCGACUCAGUCUCUGUGUUUGAGUAAGGUGGAGUUUGUCUAGCUCUAUGCAUUCUGACUUGGAUCAGGUGAAUACUGGUCCGUUCCCACUUGUUCCUGGUCACAUGACAUCACCUGACGACUGUACCUACCUGUUCAGGAAGGUCAACACCAGCAAGUUCAUUAGAAUGUCAGUAGUGUAGAGCCAACAGACUUCCUCAAAACACUAGACAGGAUAGUGCUGCACUGCAGAACAUCCUCAUUCCAAUAGAUUGUAGUUUUAUUCUGUGUUUAGUUGCCAGUGUGCUGUUGUGAAGUAUAAUGGGAAUUUAGACUAAGGCUGUACUCAACAUGUAAACAUUAAUAGACGCUAACAGACUACGCUGAGAGCAGAUGGUGCAUUGAUGUCCAUUUCUCCAAUUGAUUUUAUUUUUUGCAAUACUCUCUGAUGGGGAAGCAAAAUGUCCUGGGAACAGUUGCCUCACUCACCCCCCUCUCCCCUCCUCAGUCUGACUGCAAUGGGUCUUACCUGCAGAAAUACCUGAUGAGAAUCAUAAAUACUGGAUCACCGUAAUCACACAUGCCAUCUACCCAGAGUAGGGUAUCAUGUGAACUCAACUAGCCCUCUCUAUCAGACAUGCCAUCUACCCAGAGUAGGGUAUCAUGUGAACUCAACUAGCCCUCCCUAUCAGACAUGCCAUCUACCCAGAGUAGGGUAUCAUGUGAACUCAACUAGCCCUCUCUAUCAGACAUGCCAUCUACCCAGAGCAGGGUAUCAGAUGAACUCAACUAGCCCUCUCUAUCAGACAUGCCAUCUACCCAGAGCAGGGUAUCAGAUGAACUCAACUAGCCCUCUCUAUCAGACAUGCCAUCUACCCAGAGUAGGGUAUCAUGUGAACUCAACUAGCCCUCUCUAUCAGACAUGCCAUCUACCCAGAGUAGGGUAUCAUGUGAACUCAACUAGCCCUCCCUAUCAGACAUACCAUCUACCCAGAGCAGGGUAUCAUGUGAACUCAACUAGCCCUCUCUAUCAGACAUGCCAUCUACCCAGAGUAGGGUAUCAUGUGAACUCAACUAGCCCUCUCUAUCAGGCAUGCCAUCUACCCAGAGUAGGGUAUCAUGUGAACUCAACUCCCCCUCCUUUUCAUACUGUGAGGUACAGUACUACUCUAUUCUCUGUUAUGGUACAGGGUGUAGAAGAGUUGAUUACUUUCUCCCUCUCAUUCCAGACACUUCUGGAACAUUCAAGGCACGAUGAGUGAUGUUUUACAAUGGAAAGGUUGUUUUUUAAAUCUGUUAAUUUAUUGUUGUUUUAACUACACAGGACAUGGGGAUCGUAACCACGACAACUAUUUAUUUUUUUAAUCAUGUUUCAGUAUAUUCCUUUUCAGUGCUAAGUCAGUAAACAUUUUAAUGUGUUAUAACUGAUCCACUGUGUUAAUUAAUGGUUUAAUUUCAUUUUCUAAUCUGUUCUUUCCUUUUUUUAAAGUGAUUUUGUUCAAUUGCUUUUUUUUCCUGAACAAGCAGCUUCUAGAGGUGUAGAUUAUGACACUGUUUUUUUUCCGUACUGUGAAUUCCUCUAUUCCUGGGAGAGACCUGCAUGUUUCAGAGAACUCUAAACAGGCUGGGAGAGACCUGCAUGUUUCAGAGAACUCUAAACAGGCUGGGAGAGACCUGCAUGUUUCAGAGAACUCUAAACAGGCUGGGAGAGACCUGCAUGUUUCAGAGAACUCUAAACAGGCUGGGAGAGACCUGCAUGUUUCAGAGAACUCUAAACAGGCUGGGAGAGACCUGCAUGUUUCAGAGAACUCUAAACAGGCUGGGAGAGACCUGCAUGUUUCAGAGAACUCUAAACAGGCUGGGAGAGACCUGCAUGUUUCAGAGAACUCUAAACAGGCUGGGAGAGACCUGCAUGUUUCAGAGAACUCUAAACAGGCUGGGAGAGACCUGUAUGUUUCAGAGAACUCUAAACAGGCUGGGAGAGACCUGCAUGUUUCAGAGAACUCUAAACAGGCUUCAGAAUUUGGUUUGUGUCUGUUCCUUUUUUUUAAAAUAAUGAGCAAUGAUUUUAUGCUUGUCAGAUAAAUCAAGGUAUAGAUUUGUACUGAAAAUUGUCAGUAUUUUCUUAUUGAUAGUAUAUGAUGUACAUUUUUAGCACAUUUUAAUGAAAAGUAAUAAAGAAAUGUAUGAAUUUA